AUGACUACCUUCAACGGGUUUUCAACUUCUGAACCUUUUGCGUGUGCCGCAGAAAUUCUAUUCACUCCAUGCCUUCUAUUCAGUAUUUUUUUAGUGGCUGAUAUUCCUGGACUCAUUGAGGGAGCGCAUGAGGAUCGCGGUCUUGGGUUCAUUUCUAAACACAUUGAAAAGAUGCAGGUAUCCCGUGAUUUACGAGAGCAAUUUGAUUUGUUACGGGCUGAACUAGAAGAAUAUCAAAGUGGACUUUCCGAUCGGCCUACUGCUAUUGUUUUCAACAAAAUUGAUCUCGAUCCGACACAAAACAACGACUCCACUCGAAGUCUGUUUCCGGAGUAUCCGUCAUUUUUCGUCUCCGCCAAGAAAGGAACUGGUCUAGAAGAUUUACUAAUAUAUUUAAGAGAAGAACAUGAUAAACCAAGUCAAUGA